GCGAUCUCAAAUAUAAAGCGGAAACCUCGACCUCGAGGCUCAGCAAUUUCCCAUGGACUCUUCCGUAUGCGGCCCCCUCUUCUUCUACCGCGAGCGCCACCCACGCACUGGCUUCCUCUCCCAAUGGUUCAACCAGCCCUUUCGGGACCCCUCGUCUUCGCAACUCGAGAUCUACCCAACAGCAGAACACUACAUGAUGCACCACAAAGCCCUGCUCUUCAACGACACUGAAAACGCGGCGGCAGUUCUGCACGCGACCACGCCCCGGGACGUCAAAGCGAUUGGACGCCGCGUGAGGGGAUUCGACAAGGAUAUUUGGGAGCGGGAGCGGGAGGGCAUUGUGAGGAGGGGAAAUUAUCUCAAGUUUACGUAUCCGGUUGCUGCUGCCGAAGAAGAUAAAGGCCGGCAGGUUGGCUGGAGGUUGGGGGAUGUGAGUAAUGCUGUAGUGGUGCGCAGUACGAGUUUCCGGGAGGCGUUGUUGGCCACGGGGGACCGGGAGUUGAUAGAGGCGAGCCCGUGGGAUGGGAUUUGGGGGAUCGAGUUCAGCGAGGAGGAUGCGUCAAAGCACACCAGCCGGGAACGCUGGGGCCUGAAUCUGCUGGGGAAGUGUUUGACGGCUGUUAGAGAGGAGUUCAAACAGGACAAAUUGAACAGCGAGGGGAAAGCCAGAAGUUCAGAUGGCCAGCCUGCCAAAAACGAAUGA